AUGACUCCCACUAUCUACCUCGUCCGCCACGGAGAGGGGGAACACAAGCUCGAGCACCGUAACUGGAUUCACGUUGCCCGCUUGACCGAUAAGGGUAAAGCCCAAUGCCGUGAGCUCAGAGACAACUUCCCGGACCACGAACGCAUAUCGGCCGUCAUCUGCUCCCCUCUCCGUCGGGCUGUUCAGAGCGCUGCAUUCGCCUUUGCACCUGCCAUCAAUCGCGAAGGUGUCAAGUUCAUCGCCCACCCCUUGGGCCAGGAGGCGAAUGCCCAUCAACGCGACAUUGGCCACGCUCGUGCGGACUUGGAAGAGCAGCAGCUCCCCGAGCUUCUGGCGGAUCGUGAUCCUGCUUUUCCCUUGUCUAGGUUCGACCUAAGUCUAGUUGAAGAUGGAUGGACAUCGAAAGUGGGCAAGUAUGCCGCCGACAAAGCCUCAGUGGAGAAAAGGGCGGCAAAGAUGAGAACCUGGCUAUUCAAGCAUCCAGAAUUACAUAUCGUCUUGGUCACCCAUGGUGCCUUUUCUUCACUAUUUGACGGAAGAUUGGAGGGGGGAUGA